UAGAGAUUGUGUCAUCUCUCCUCAGAAGAACGAAGGCACACCAAGCAUGCGGUUUUUUGCAUCAAGAUCUCUUUGCCCUAAGAUGUCCUCUGUUUUCUUACAGGGCACAGCACCGAGGAAACACAAACAAACAAAAAAGAAAGUGGUGUGUUUCAGGCAUUCUAAGCAUUUGGAAAGCAAGCCAGCAUGUCUUUGGAUGACAUUAAGAUGAAUUCCAGUGACCUUCUUCAAAAAGAAGAUCUAGACAGUGGAGGCUUCGGGGCAGUGUCCUUGUGUUACCACAGGACGCAUGGAUUUGUGAUCCUGAAAAAGGUGUACACAGGGCCCAAGCGCAUGGAGUACAACGAGUCCCUCCUGGAGGAGGGGAAGAUGAUGUACAGACUGAGUCACAGACGUGUGAUGAAGCUGCUGGGUGUCAUCAUCGAGGAAGGAAACUACUCCCUGGUGAUGGAGUACAUGGAGAAGGGCAACCUCAUGCAGGUGCUCAAAGCCCAGAUGAGUAUCCCGCUUUCUGUGAAAGCAAGGGUAAUUGCAGAAAUUAUUGAAGGAAUGUGCUACUUACAUGGAGCAGGCGUGAUACAUAAGGACCUGAAGCCUGAAAAUAUCCUCGUUGAUAAUGACUUCCACAUUAAGAUAGCUGACCUUGGUGUAGCUUCCUUUAAGACGUGGAGCAAACUGACUAAAGAAGAACACAAUGAGCAAAGGAAGGCUAACAGCACCUCUAAGAAAAAUGGUGGCACCCUGUAUUACAUGGCCCCCGAGCACCUCUGCAACAUCAAUGUCAGGCCCACAGAGAAGUCAGAUGUGUAUAGCUUUGGCAUAGUUCUUUGGGCAAUAUUUGCAAAUAAAGAGCCAUACGAAAAUGCCAUCUCCGCAGAGCACCUAUUGAUAUGCAUAAGAAAUGGGAACAGGCCAAACGUGGAGGAGAUCAUUGAGCACUGCCCCAAGGAGAUCAUCCACCUCAUGGAACUCUGCUGGGAGGAAAACCCAGAAGUUCGGCCAGUAUUUCCUAGUAUUGAAGAACAAUUUAAGCCUUUUUAUGAAAGUGAAUUUGAAGAAUCUGUGGAAAAAGAUGUGAAGAGUUUAAAGAAAGAGUAUCCCAUGCAAAAUGAAGUUUUCAGGAGAAUGCAGUCUCUCCGACUCGAUUGUGUUGCAGACCCUCCAAGCAGGUCAAAUUCAGAACAGCCUGGCUCAUUGCACAGUUCCCAGGGACUUGAGAUGGGACCUGUGGAGGAGUCCUGGUUUUCUGCCUCCCCAGAACAAGAAGAAGAACAUGAAUCCAAUCUGCAGUGUAAACUCCAGGAGGAAGCCAACUAUCAUAUUUAUGGCAGCCGCAUGGACAAGCAGAUGAAACAGCAACCCAUACAGAAUGUGGCUUAUAACAUAGAGGAGGAGAGGAGACGAAGGGUCUCUCAUGACCCUUUUGCACAGCCAAGACCUUUUGAGAGUGCUCAGAACACAAGGGUGAAAGGUCCUGCUUAUGCUAGUGCAAGUCACAGUAAUGCAGGACACCAGCCAAUGGGGGUAACCAGCCAACCCCAUAUACCAUAUUGGAGUAAUGAAUUCUAUAAUCUGCAUGGACAUGGAAUAAGGCCAUUGGAUCCAGGAACAUCAGGAAUUUGGUAUGCGCUACAUCCAAGCCAAAUACCCAGUCUCUUUAAGACUCCAGUGCCUGAGUCCAGCGGAGCAGGAAGUACACCCACCCUUCCAUUCUACUCCUUGCCAUCAACAGAUGAGCUUAUGAAAUGCAACAUAAGUAACAGUACUGGCAUCCAGAUUGGAACCUAUAAUUACAUGGAAAUUGGUGGAAUGAGUUCACAACUGGACAACUUAGAAGAAGAGUCAGCUUCUAAGUACCAAGCUAUCUUUGAUAAUACCACUAGUCUGACUGAUAGUCACCUAACUCCGGUCAGAGAAAACCUGGGAAAGCAAUGGAAAAACUGUGCCCGUAAACUGGGCUUCACGGAGUCGCAGAUUGAUGAAAUUGACCACGACUAUGAGCGAGAUGGACUACAUGAAAAGGUUCACCAGAUGCUCCAGAAGUGGCUGAUGCGGGAAGGUAGUAAGGGGGCCACUGUGGGCAAGCUCGCCUCGGCCCUCUACCAGUGUUCCAGGAAAGACCUUCUAACUGGCCUGAUACACACGAGCCAGAAUUAAUGCUGAGGGCCUUUGGCAGCACAAAGCAGGUGCGUCACUUUAGGGCAGAACCACUGUAAACGUUCAGACUUCAGUCCUCAUUGGCAUGGGUUGUGUCUGUGCCUGCAUCUCAGAGCUAGAGAAUGUGAAGAGAGAUCUUAGCUAACAACCUACUUUCAGGAAAAUGCAAGCAGGAAGACUCUUAAUGGUGCAGGAUCAAUCCAAAACAUGAGUUUUUAAAGGAAAAGAGGUAUUCAAGAAAGAUCAUUUUUCUUCAGCUCCUGCCAUAACCUUCGAAUAUGUUGCUCAUUUGGUUUCAUGGGGUUUGGGUUCAGUGAGACAAAGAAAGUGAAUAUAAAACAAACCAACUUUCUUACUUUGUGUUCUCUACAUAGACUUCUCUUAUAACCAAAGUGCAGUAAAAUUCUAAGUUCUGUCCACAUGUUUUCUUGUAAUGACAACCACAGCGUAUCCGAAAAUUGUAGGAUCUGUUAACUUCGUAUCAAAUGUUCUAGCAGUCACUACAGGCUUUCAUAAUUAUGUGCUACCCCACUCCAUUAUGUUAAAUUUUAAAUUAAUUGAAGCAUCUUUAAUAAGCACUUUAAGGAAGAAAAAAUAUAAAGGGAAAAAAGUCAGGUUUUCUUGGUAGUUCUAAGGAUCUGUUACUGUCAAAAUUUCCUGCUUAAUUUUUUUUAGUUCUUUUCUAGCACUAAUACUUGGAAUAGCUAGUACUUCUAGUACUAAGAAGUCUAGUACUCUAUGCAGUUUCCAGGCCUGUGUGUCCUGAAGAGGAAGCACAUGUGCAGGGAGCAUUGAUACCUUUGCCCCUGGGAAAGGCCAGAGCCACAGAGCUGAUCACUAUUGAGCAGCUUCCUCAGUUUACACCACUGUGCUAUAGAAAUAUGUUCUUUUUUUUCCUGUAUGACAGGAAGUAAAAAAUGACAGCUUCUGAGUCUGGUUAUUGCCCCUAGCACUCGACCUUUCAAAGCCCACCUGAAUCUCAGGAAGGAACUAGAAGAAUAGAAGCCUGAAGACCACACAGAUGGUAUCCAGUGCACUUAGCUCUUCCAGAGGGAGGGAGAAGUCAUAGGGAGGGUCAGUCUGGCUCUCAGAAGAGAUUCUGGUAUCUUGGGUUGGUAACAGUAUUGUUAGGUCCAGUUCUGAAUCCCCUGCGGCCUCAGCACAUACAAGCAAAUACAUAUACACACACUCCUGAAGUGGGACCUCAAAACAGGGUUUCUCUACUUCAGCAUUAUUGGCAUCUUAAGCCAAGUAACUUUGUAGGGGCUGUCCUGUACCUUUUAGUAUGUUGUGAGUAUUCCUGGCCCCACCUAUGGUGCUGUAUGCCAACAGUACUAGUUUCCCCUCCCCCUGCCCCCAAGUGUGACAAAAAUGGCUCCAGACAUUACUACAUACUGUAUUCCUUGGAUGUACAGACUUGUCUGGCUGGUAAAAGCACUGCAGUCAGGGAAUGAGCCUCAGGCCUUCGGUUCCACUGUGCACGCUCACAGCUCAGUUGCCAGACAGCAUUAGAGCAUGCAGCCAGAAAGGAAACCUAGGGCAGAGGAGCCAGCCUUUGCUGGAGAAGCCUGGUGAUUUCUAAAUAUCUUCUGUGUACUUCUAUUGUGAUGGUGUUCUAAAUUCUCUGGAUUUUUAAAAACAUAUAUUUUAUGCCUCACAUGGAUUUUUAAAA